GCUGAAAGACCCAUAGUUACAUACGUAAACCGAAAAUAUUUUGCCUAUUUCAAUCUAACAGCUAGAAGGUAUAGUCGCCGCAGCCCUUUAUACUAUAUGGAGAUACAUGCUCAGACGCUGUUUACGAUAGACAAUAAUGUUGUGGCCCACUUCUUUUUCUACGAGUUUCUGUCCAACCGCUACAAGCCCACAUUCGUGGAAGCCCACGUGAAGAUGUGCGACAUGGAGAAAGAUGACUUCGUGAUCGGUGUCUCGAUGAGGAACGCUCUGCAGAGGAUGCUGGACCAGCUGCCACCAGACCAGCGCUUCACUAACUCCACCCAUUGCCCGUAUCCACCGGGGAAAUACGACCUUGUGAACAUGACGACGCCACGUAGUCCUUUAUAUAAAAGCUUCCCGUUUCAAAAAGGACGAAUUUACAUUAACGUAACCGUGCAUAAGGAACUAGCGGCUGAGAUGCACAUUGAUUUGGAGAUUAAGAACUUUUAUUAACGACUUCAUUACUCAUCUAAAAAGUGAACUUUAUCUUAAAAAAUACUGUAUCUUCUAAUAUUCAAAGGUUCUUCUGUAAUAACUACGUUUAUAUUACACUUAGUUCUCAACUUGAAUAAUUAAAUAAUAAGAACAUAUUAAAGGUGAAGGAAAAUAUGGUGAGGAAACCAGCAUAUCCACAUCAUAUCUGUCAAUCGGUA